GGGCUGCUGCUGCUCGCUGCAGACAUCAUAUCGGUGUUGAUAUUUCCUUUGUCGUUUUACAAACACCACACCACACACAUUGUCAGGGUUAGUUGGGUUGGGUGAUUGGGCGGAGGUUGGAUGCGGAGGAGGAUUUGUUGGUAUUUAUCGAUCUUACUGUCCUUUAUUAUCACUCGACAUAUCUAUCACCUCACCACGCACACAACUCACCCUACAUGUCGUUUGUCAUUGUGCACAUACCCACUACUGCCUUCAUUUCCCAGAGAGAGAACUCGGCCAGAGCGUCAUCGUCAAUUAUCACCAUCGCUGCUCCAGUCAAGUCCUCGUGUGCUGCACUAUCUCUGGAGCUCUUUCGUCGUCUAUUUGUCAUUUUUGAUCGCGCUGCCUGUAAACUUGCCUCUUUCUCCGUUCUUGUAUCACCAACCGUUUUGCGAGCCUGUCUUGUUUUACCUUUUCACCGCGCUGGAUACCGUGGUUAAUUAUUCACCAACAUAUCAAUACAAUGCAGUCAAUCCGACACUUAACUCGGUUCUCAUCUUUCACAAUACAAAUGAAGCAGUUGGCUGUCUCUUCCGCAAAACUACUUGUACAUUACAUACACCGCGCGGCUCGUGCGCGGUAACGAACAGAAAGAGAAAAACAAAUGAUCACCACAAGGUCCUCUUUCCGUCCACAGUAUCCCGUAUCUCCAUACUAUGUAACAAGCCAUGCCACCAGCGCCCUUGAAGACGAUCCGUUGUCUCACUUUUCAAGAGAUCCUCUUGCCUAUUCCAGCCAUGAGGAUCGAGCCCAUGGAGGAGCGAAGUGGGGUUCGGGGGGCGUGCUCGUGACGCUUUGUGACUUGGGGAGCACGGCUCAGCGCAGCAGCCAUGCUCGGUGGGUUAUCCGAGACAUGGAGACUUGGGGGAC